AUGUCUCAUCGUGAGUGUUAUAACCCGGGUGACGAUACCUCUCGUAACGGAUUGUUGAUCCAUAUUCCCCUUCCGUUUCCUCAUCCAAUGACAGUCGAAUCUACACCAUUAUUAGCGAAUGGCAAUGGCCAUGCCCGCGAGCGAUCUUUCGUUCAAAAAGUGAAAGAAGUAAUCGUGGCCGAAGGCGAGCCUGGGUGGAUCGAAUCCUCCAGGUUUAUUCUCUUGGGCUCCUGGUUCAAUGUCCUUCUUAUUUUCAUCCCAUUGGCACUUAUUUCCGAGAAACUCGAGUGGGAUGCAGGCCUCAGGUUUGCCUUUAGUUUCAUCGGGAUUAUACCCCUUGCAAAGCUCUUGGGCGAGGCAACCGAACAACUAUCAAUGAGGCUUGGACAGACGCUGGGUGGUCUGUUGAACGCAUCAUUCGGUAACGCUGUCGAAAUUAUCGUUGGGAUCGCCGCGCUGGUUCAGGGCGAACUCAGGAUCGUCCAGACUUCCAUGCUGGGCUCAGUCUUAUCAAACCUAUUGCUUGUGCUCGGGAUGUCGUUCUUGGCCGGUGGUAUUCGUUUCCAUGAACAGAACUUCCGAGUUACAGCUGCUCAAACUGGCUCAUCCUUGAUGACUCUUGCAUGCAUCACCCUAGUGAUUCCUGCCGCGUACCACUCCAGUCAACAACACCCUUCCAAUCCUCCGGUUCCCAAUGCAAUCUCGACUCUCAUGGAGACCGAUGCUCCUGGAGGCAAUGAGCGUUCUCAUAACGGAUUGUUGCUCAUCUCUCGUGGUACUGCAAUUGUCCUAUUGAUCGUCUACGUCAGCUAUUUGUACUUCCAACUCAAGUCGCACGCCGACCUGUUCGCUGCUCCCGUCGACGAGGACAGCGAGCCAGAGGAGCCAAACAUGAGCGUUAUUAGCGGUGCCACUUGGUUGCUUGGUAUCACCGUGCUCACUUCGUUUACUGCAGAUGUUUUGGUCGGAUCAAUCGAAGAAACAGCAGAGAAGUAUCAUAUUCCCAAGGGAUUCAUCGGUCUUAUUUUGUUGCCAUUGGUGGCCAACGCAGCUGAACAUGUCACUUCAGUCUGGAUGGCAAUGAAGGGCAAACUGGAGCUUACCAUUGGUAUCAGCGUUGGUAGCUCAAUCCAAAUUGCCGCCUUCGUAGUUCCGCUCCUUGUGAUUGUUUCAUGGGUCAUCGGAAAAGAGCUAACUCUCUACUUUGCUGACUUUGAGACCGUCUCCCUCUUUGUCAGCGUUAUCUUGGUCAACUUGUUGAUCAUGGAUGGCAAGUCCAAUUACAUGGAAGGUCUGAUGUGCUGUGCACUGUACAUCGUCAUUGCGAUUGCAUUCUGGGUGUCUUAA